GGGAGCCGCUUUGCCCGCUCAGCCGGAGCCUGCAGCCCGGCGUGCCCCGCGCGGAGCUCUCGCCGCCCCGGGGGUGGUGGCGCGGCGCGAGCAUGCUGCAAGCCCGGCUGGCCGCUGCCUCCCGCUGCCUGCGCUCCGGGAACCGGGGAGAUCUACUCAUGGCAGCCGGCCGAGGGGCUGGUGCGGAGGCCGGGCUGGUGCGGAGUCGGGCCUCCCCGCCGAGGUGUUGCUCUAGCGUCGGGAGGAAGUGGAUCAAACCCACAGGCCGGGAUACCGGGAUCCAGACCUACAACAGCUUGAGCAGAAGCAAGGAACCCUUAAUACUGGCCAAUGCAGGAGUGGCGACCUGGUAUAGCUGUGGGCCAACAGUAUAUGAUCAUGCGCACCUUGGGCAUGCUUGUUCCUAUGUUAGAUUUGAUAUUAUUCGAAGAAUAAUAACUAAGGUUUUUGGAAAUGAAGUAGUCAUGGUGAUGGGGAUUACAGACAUAGAUGACAAAAUAAUUAAAAGAGCCAAUGAGAUGAACAUAUCACCAUUAGCUCUUGCCCGGGUUUAUGAAGAAGACUUUAAACAAGACAUGGCUGCAUUAAAGGUUCUUCCCCCGACAGUAUAUAUGAGAGUGACUGAAAAUAUUCCUCAGAUAAUUUCUUUUAUAGAACGAAUAAUGGCUAGUGGACAUGCUUAUGCAACCUCCAAAGGUAAUGUUUAUUUUGAUGUCAAGUCUAGGGGAGAACGAUACGGAAAGUUAACUAGUGUUUACCCUGAUGUACAAGAAGAAAUGGUUGAUCGUGAUAAGCGACAUGUCAAAGAUUUUGCCCUGUGGAAGGCAGCCAAACCUCAAGAACUUUAUUGGGCUUCUCCCUGGGGAAAAGGAAGACCUGGCUGGCACAUCGAGUGCUCUACAAUUUCGAGUACAGUGUUUGGAAGCCAACUGGAUAUCCAUACUGGUGGCAUAGAUCUUGCUUUCCCACAUCAUGAAAAUGAAAUUGCACAGUGUGAGGUUUAUCAUCAGUGUGAACAAUGGGGAAAUUAUUUUUUACAUUCUGGGCAUUUGCUUAUUAAAGGAAAUCAAGAAAAAAUGUCAAAAUCUUUAAAAAACUACAUUACAAUUAAGGAAUUUUUGACAAAGAAUUCAGCAGAUGAAUUCAGAAUGUUUUGUUUGCGCAGCAAGUACAGAUCAGCAAUAGAAUUUGGUGAUGACAGCAUGAAUGAUGCAAAGAACCUCCUUCAGGCCAUCUCUUCUUUUAUUAGUGAUGCAAGUGCUUAUAUGAAAGGACAGCUGGUGUGUGACCCCAUUAAGGAAGAUGUACUGUGGGAGAUCCUAGCCAACACAAAAGCAAAUGUAAAGGCUGCAUUUGCAGAUGACUUUGACACCUCCAGGGCUGUUGCUGCAAUUAUGGACCUCAUUCACCAUGGCAACAGACAGCUUAAGGCUGUUACUAAGAAAGAUGGAUCUCCUAGAAGCCCUGUUGUGUAUGGAACCAUGCUUUCCUAUAUAGAGGACUUCUUUAACACUGUUGGAAUAUCUCUUGGAGACAGACAGGUUGUUCCAGAAAACAAAAAUUCAGCUACGCUUUCCAGUGUGAUUGAUGAACUAGUGAGCUUCCGUGUCAAGGUGCGGAAUUAUGCUCUUGCUAUGCCUGGCGCAACAGCAGCGGCACAGGUGGAAGAAGGUACCAUUCUAGCAAAGGAAACAAAACAGGAAGAGAAAGAGACAAGACGGCAGCUAUUGCUGGAGCGAGAACCCCUUCUGCAGGCUUGUGACAACCUGCGGCGAGACCUUGCUGCAUUUGGAAUCAACGUAAAGGACAGAGGUACUACUUCUACAUGGGAAGUGGUGGAUCAACGAAGAGAAGAGCAAAGACCUGAAACCGGCAGCUGAUAUAGCACAGGAAUAUGAUUGGACUGAUCAUGUUGCAGUGAAUGCUUUGGGAAAUAAUUUAGUUGUUCCUAAUCAAAAUUUCAAAAAGGAACCCUGCAGAAACUUGUCUGUCUAUUAAUAAAUAGUGUUAACUUAAAUACCUC